GAAAGUCUCCUAAGCCAACUAUUUUUGUCUGGGAAUUAGAAGGACUGUGGAAUGAAAAGAAUAAUGUAGUUCGAACUAUCACAUUCGAACUAGACUGAUCACGAACCAGGAGGAUACGAUGUUGGGUCGUGUGCCCGACCGAAGCUUGAUUCCGGGGUGGGCUCAGCAGUCGACGUCUGACGUAGCUUGCUGCACGAUUUCAGUUCACACAAACUUUAGUAGUUGCUACGUCUUUACAAUCAUGGAGCCACUGCGACGAUGUCACCUUUCCUUUUUGUGCCGUGUUGUUUUGUUUGUGGUUUUAUGGCAGGUUACCAGAACUGAUUGCCCUGCAGACGGACGCACCUGGGUGCCUUUUGGGAACAGCUGCUAUCAUUUCGUACAUGGAGAAGAAGACAAAGCAAAAAGUUAUACUAUUGAAGAAGCGAAGCGAUUCUGCCAAAAUGGUACUGGCCUUCUGCAGAUCUCUAGUGCAGAAGAAAAUGAAUUCGUCAUUAAAUACAGUCCCAACGUUUGGAAAGACAACCUGAAUGUGUGGCUGGGCAUGUCUUAUGAUUCCAAUGUGAAGAAAUACCAGUGGUUCGAUCACACGGCUUUGAGCUAUAAGAACUGGGAGGAGGGCUCUGAUCUGUCACCUGUGGACACCUGCGUGGCCCUACACUUGAGCACAGGCCAGUGGUUGAAAGUGAGCUGUGCCGAUGACCCAGAGCAUGGAGUGGUCUGUCAGGCGCCAGGAGAAAUGCUGGACGAUUGCCCUAAGGAUGGGAAAAACUGGACCUCCUCAGGGACUAGAUGCUACCAUUUUGUCCAGGCAGAAGCGGGAGCAAAGGCCUUCACGUUUGAGGCUGCCAAGGCACAGUGCCAAGGCUAUGAGCUUCUGCAGCCGAUCACCCUAGAGGAGAAUCAGUAUAUUGUGGAUUACAGCCCCAAUGUCUGGAAAAGCAACAUCAAUAUAUGGCUGGGCAUGUAUUAUGACACCGAUGUGGAUGGUUUCAGUUGGUUUAACUAUGGCCGAGUGAGCUACGAUCACUUUGAGGACACCGAGGACACAGUGGACGCGGAGACGUGUGCGGCCAUGCGCGUAAGCACUGGGCAGUGGCUGAAGGUGAGCUGCAACGAGGACGUGGAGCAUGGCGUGGUCUGCGAAGCUGACGACAGUAAGACACCCAGAAUCAUUAGAUGCAGCUUUAAAGGGUCUGGGACAACCAGAGCCGGUCCUGUCAGUCCUUUGAUGUCAGCACUGGUCAUCUUGAGUGUGUUGUGCAUCAUUGGCGUCUCCGCCGUGCUCUGGUUUGUGAAUCAGAGGAAGAAUCCCGGCUCCUCCAUCAUCAGCGCCUUUGAGUAUCACCCGCCUUUCAGAUCGCCCGGCAUUGACGAGACGUGCCUGGUGGAAGCAGAGGAGAAUGAUGACCAGCCUUAAGAGUAUUUUAACACACUGCACUCUCUCGGGUUACUGUAUUGUGGUGUUUGCCAUGGAAUCACAUACUCCUUAGUAUGUGUAAAAAAACGCUAUGAGAUAGCUGAAGGUUAUAUACUGAACAAUUUGUGCAGUUUAGAUCUGUGCAAUCCUGAUAUACUAAGAGUCCUGAAAGACACACAGGCUAUUUACACAGGAUAUUUUCUUGAUGAUUUCUCAACCACUAACCCUUGGCCCAUAGCGCAGUAAUCAUUCAUAUAAAGUGUGGCUUAAAACGAGAGUCUUGACAGGUGAGGCAACAUUGCUCUCCGUUGGUGGUUAAACGGCUGUCCUCAAAUGCCAUCUGUGACGUGUGAGUACAGCAACGUAGAUUGGACCACACUCAUGAAGACUUCUUUUGUUGUGCCUCACAUCUCGACACACCAAACGUGUUUCAGCAUGUUGCACUGGGCCACAAUCCAAUCUGGAUCUUACAUAUAAUUACAAUGUAGCCUUAAUUAAUGCAUCUGAAUGGUUGUUUUCAGAUUGUUUUUAUGCAUACCUACAGUCAUUCUUGAAAUUUAGGAGGCCAUCUCUUUUUUUAUUGUGUUUGUCUGCUAAAAUUUAAAGCUGUAUGAAUGUCAGUUGCCACAGCUCCCUAUCCCUACAGGUCUGUAUCCCGUGUGCUAAAGGAUAUGUGGACCUUGACUUCUGUCAAGGAUUGUGCAAGGGAUGUUUACCCAAACAUUUGGGUUGAGGCUUGUGCUCAGGAAAAAAAAACAUCCCAACGCCCUUUGGAAAUGUAAGAAUCGCUUGCCUUUCAUGUUCAAAAGGCUUUGGGCUGUUUGUUCUCGUCUCCAUUUGUUUUCGUGCUGCAAAAAUACUGAUAUAAGUGCUUGCACUGUAGUUACAUGCUUGCUCACAAUUGAAGAAGCUCCUUUACAGCUGUUACUGAACUUUGAAACAAAGUGGGGCUCUGGCAUUCUGACAUAGUUUCAAUCUUCUUUUUUUGCCAUUUGUGUGAUUUGUCAGUGUUCUGUGAAUGCCUUUGUGUGAAUGUUUGAAACCUUUUUUCCCAAUUCUUUGGACUUUCUAUUCCCUUGAGGAGGAAUAUGGUUCGUCCUGAAAUCCCUCUGUGCACUAUUUGAUAAGAACUUACUUCAGUUCAUUGCAUUUUCUUUAUUGAGUGUGGAAUCCAAGCACUUUUAUUAAAAGCCAAACUAAUUGGUUGACUUUCUGUACAAAUUUUGUUGAUGUUUUUUUCCUUUGUGAACCAAAUCCCUUAUUAUAAAUGAAACCACUUCAAGGCUGUUUCUGUCAUUUCCCACAGAGAUGAAUAAAAACUGGUCUUAGUAA